AUGGUCAAAGUUUGUGUUGUGGGUGCUUCUGGUGGUAUUGGCCAACCAUUGUCUCUGUUGCUGAAGCUGAACCCAUAUGUAUCGGAGUUGGCAUUGUACGAUGUUAGACUCGCUCCAGGUGUGGCACAGGACUUGUCGCACAUCAAUACGAAUUCAAAUGUAACCGGAUACAGUAAAGACGACAUCGAAGGAGCUUUGAAGGGCUCCCAAGUAGUUGUCAUUCCAGCCGGAGUUCCAAGGAAACCCGGCAUGUCAAGAGACGACCUGUUCAAGAUUAAUGCUGGCAUCAUAAAAGGCAUCGUCACGUCGAUUGGCGAGUACGCCCCAAACUCGAGAAUUCUGAUCAUUUCCAAUCCCGUCAACAGUACGGUCCCCAUAGCCGUGGAGCAAUUGAAAGCGAUGGGCAAGCUUCAACCGGGCAAUGUCAUGGGGGUGACUACCCUGGACAUUGUGCGCGCAGAGACAUUCCUGGUCGAUUACUUGGCCAACGUGAAGAAAAGUCCCACCAGACAGUACGACAAGACCGCCAUUUCGAAAGAAGUGACCGUCAUCGGCGGCCAUUCCGGAAAGACUAUUGUGCCCGUCGUCAGAAACGAGCUCUAUAUCGACUCGCUCCAGGACCAGUACGCUGAAUUCAUCCACAGGGUGCAGUUCGGAGGCGACGAAGUUGUCAAGGCCAAGGACGGCGCAGGUUCGGCCACCUUGUCGAUGGCGUUGGCGGGCUACAGAUUCACAGAGACGAUACUCAGGAGCAUCCACCGCGAGGCGACGACUCCGAUCCCCACCUUCGUUUACCUGCCAGGCAUCUCGAACGGCCGCCAAAUCCAGAAGAAGCUGCGCAACGAGGCGUUGGAGUACUUUUCGCUUCCAGUGAGACUGGUCGACGGCCGCGUUUCUGCCAUAGAUGCUUCCGUGCUCGACCAUCUCUCCGCCAAGGAACAAGAAAUGGUCCACACCGCGAUCCAAGAGUUACUGGGCAGUAUCGACAAGGGCAAGAAAUUCGUCAUUGGGUCCUCCAAGUUGUAG